AUGACAAACAAUAAAACACAAUGUUCUAUAUGUAAUAAAGAUAAAAUAACAUAUCUUUGUGAAGGAUGUUUGAAAGACUUUUGUUUAAUGGAUUUAAUAGAACAUAGACAAAUAUUAAUUGAAGAAUUACAUCAUAUUAUUGACAAUUAUGAUCAAUUUAAACAAAGAAUAGAUGAACAAAAAGAAAAUCCACAAAGUUUUUCAUUAAUAGAACAAAUUAAUCAAUGGGAAAGAAGUUCAAUUGAAAUAAUUGAACAAAAAGCACGAGAGUGUAGAGAAAUUGUCUUUAAAUCUUCACAAACAUAUUUGAAUGAUAUAGAAAAGAAAUUUAAUGAUUUAAAUGAACAAAUAAAACAAAUUCAAGAAGAAAAUGAAUUUAAUGAGAUUAAUUUAGACUAUUUAAGGCAUGGAUUAAUAAAAAUUAGACAAGAAUUAAAUAAUCCAUCAAAUAUGUCUAUUCAACAAGAGUCUCAACCAUUCAUUAAUGAAAUUUCAGUUAUUUCAUUAGAAAAAAAAUCAAAAUUCAACAAAUGGAGACAAAAUGCCAUCACUGUGGCUGGUGGAAACGGAUUUGGACAGAAACUGAAUCAAUUUAAAUAUCCUUGUGGGAUCUCUAUUGAUGAAAAGAAAAAUAUUGUUAUUGCUGAUUUUGAAAAUCAUCGGAUUCUUGAAUGGAAAUGUAAUGAAGAAGAAGGAGAAAUUAUUGUAGGUGGAAAUGGACAAGAAAAUCGAAUGUAUCAAUUGAAUCAUCCAACAGAUAUAAUUGUUGAUCAACAAAAUCAUUCGAUCAUCAUUGCUGAUUGUUGGAACAGACGAGUGAUUCAAUGGUUAAAUGAAGAUCAACAAAUUCUCAUUGACGAUAUUGACUGUUUUGCUUUAGCAAUGGAUAAAAAUGGAUUUCUUUAUAUUUCUGAUUAUAAGAAGAAUGAAGUGAGACGAUGGGAAAUUGGAAAAUACAACAACGAAGGAAUUAUAGUGGCAGGUGGAAAUGGGCAAGGAAAUCAACUUAAUCAACUCAAUUUACCUGCUUAUAUCUUUGUUGAUGAAGAUCAAUCUGUUUAUAUAUCAGAUAGAAAUAAUAAUCGUGUGAUGAAAUGGAGAAAAGAUG